CCAUGCAGUCGCUUAAAUCGCGAAUAGGAAUUCAGAAUACCGCAACGAAAGAAAUCUACACAUUUGAAACAAACGCCACGGUAUCUCUCUUCUACAAAAUAUGUACCAUCGUGUUCUUCGGCUGCGGUAAUAACUUCAUGUUCGACGAUUUGAAACUACCCCGAAAAGUCGUUGAAAUCUGUCGCAUUGUCUCCAAAGUGCUUGGAUUGCUCGUAGUAAUGCUGGUUUGUUCGACGAGUACAGCUUUUUUUACACAGCAUAAUUUGGAUAUGAUGCAUAAGGCCAAGUUGUGGUUGUAUGGACCUCCAUUAGUCACUCUAAAUGUCUUGUACUUCAACACUGUAUUGCGCAAAAAUCAGAUAAAAAAGCUGAGUUACACAAUAGCUGUGGUGCUACGAGGAAUGUUUAAUGACGAGGAGCUUGAGAAGGAGAUGGUUAGGAAAACUUGGCGAUUCUCAUUCGCCUUUGCAUUCUUGGUAAUCGGUCUAUUCUCAUCAACGGGCAUCGUCACUGGAUACGUGGCCGGCACGACAAAUGAAACCUUCACGAUCAUGAUACCAGCUUGGCCUGAUCUCAAUGACCACAGCCACGCCGCCAGUAUCGCCCGCAUAGCCCAUUACUGUAUCUGGCUCAUGCUUUUAAUACGCGUCGGCUGCCUCUACUUCGUAAUCUUGGCCGUAACCAUCGGUCUCCAGUUCCAGUUCAGCAUAAUGUGCAACUACUUCCACAGUCUUAACAUCAUCUUCGCCGGAGAGGACAGCCACGAGGAGAAAGAAAACAAUUACGAAGAGGCCUUCAAAUUUGGGAUUACGAUGCAUUAUUUGACUCUAUGGUGCAUCGAUCAAACGCAAGUGACGUUCGGAGUAGCUUUCAGCUCGCAGUUCAUCACGAACUUGGUGACACUGAUAUCGCUCAUGGUGCAAUUCAUGUACAUGGAUCGCACAUUUGGGAACUGCCUAACUGUCUUCCUGUACGCUGGGGCUGUACUGACCAGCACAGGUAUCUUCAUGUGGAACGCGGGAGACGUCACAUUCGAGGCCACCAAGCUGCACACAGCCAUGUUCAACUCCGGCUGGCACAACUGCCGAGGCCGGGCCUCUGUGCGGGUCCGCAAAAUGCUCACCAUCGCCAUAAGACAGGCCCAAGACCGUGUGACAAUCAAAGGGUUUGGGAUACUGGAGCUGUCUUACGAGUCAUACAUUUCGAUGGUGAAACUUGCAUAUUCUGUAUUCUCGGUUUUGUCACAGAAAUAA